CGUCAGCGUGGCGGAACGAUGGCGAGUGGCGAGUGCAUCGAUGAGGUACUCAGGCUGUGAUUCGUCUGGCGUCAUCGAGCCGAUCCUGUCAAGACUCGAGACGGGGGCGCUCUGACUGGGAUUGGGGCCAUUGGUGCCACAAGGGGGCAGGCCGGGACCGCGCAGCUUGUUUUCUACCGAGGCGGCAACGGUCAGUGAACGGUCCUGAAGGGUCAACCGAACUCGAGAAGGCCCACAAGCGAGCUCACAGACCUCACUGGACGUCCACAGCAGGCCAGCGAACCCAAGAAGGCUAAGUGAAGGAUGAGCAGGAUGGCGGCCAGCCCGAAUCAGCCUCAGACGACGUACAGCCUCGUUCUGCCGGACCGCUUCGAGCAGCAAGGCGUCAAGCUGCUGUUCGAGUAUGAGAGCCCGAGAGGCGUGCUGCCCAAGAAGAUAGAACACUAUGUCAACGGCCAGAAAAUGACGUUCGAGGUCUGCAAGCCCGGUGUUUGCCAUCGUCUGUUCGAUCACCGCAAGAGCCGCACUCGUUGCGCUCGCUACGGCCACAUCACACCCCAUCAGCGCUCUCGCAUACAGCUGCUCCAGUUCAGAGGCUUAUUGCCUAUGAAGCUGCCGCCCGAUUGGCCUGCCGUGCUCGAGCUACUGCCGGACCCACUCCGAGGCAUGCAGCCCGGGCAAGGCUACAACUGGCCUGAUCGUAUGCUCACACCUACCAUGCCUGUACAAGGCGCAGAAGAGACGGAGAUCGAUCCUGAAUUGACAGAGGACGUGCCGGUACCACCUCUGGCGCCUUUCAUCAUGGCUGCCACCGCUCACAGUGCGGCUAUGCAGCAGCAUCAAACUCAGCUGCAGCAGCAGCAGCAGCAGCAACAACAACAACAUCAUCAGCUGCACGAGUUCAACGAGUCUGAAUAUAAAUCUGAGUAUCUCGGCGAAGUGCCGACCGACCCUGCGCUCAGCCUUUCCGUCCCAGGCCCAUCUGGCGCUCUGCUCGAUACACCGGAGAAGUCGAAAGUCAAAGACGAAGGUCCUCUAUCGACUGAUGAGAUGCAAGUCAUCGAAGCGCUCAGUCAGCUCAGUCGCGGCUGAGCAGCUCACACUGCCACCUCCCGGCGGCUGAUUCACACGUCUCGCGAUGUUUGCCUCGAUCUGACGACCGUCCCUCUUCCUUCUAGCGCUCUCUGACGCAAGUACAUAUACAUCCUGCCGCCAACGCUCUUGGGCCUCGCUCGAUGCUGCAAAGGUCUGUCGUCUGAUACACGCCACGCUGCGCAUACGCUCAUCGCUCUGAGCACGCAGCAACAAGCGAGGUGAGGAGCCUUUGCAUCGUCCCUCGAAUUGUGAUACUGUUCCAUCUCUGUUGUCAGAAAGAGGCUGGCCGUCGCUCUUCA